AUGAGAACAAUUAAGUUGGUGAUUUUCUCCGUGUUGGCAAUGUCGGGUGUCAAUAGCAUGCAUCCUGGAAACUUUUCAUCGAUGCCCUCUCCCACAAUUGUGGUGAACGAUACAUCCACUCUGACCAUGCCACAGACUACCAUGACAACUUCAUCUCAAUUGGACGCUGAAGAGACUCAAUCGCAACCGGCCGGGCCAGUGAAUCGGCUCAAAAGCCUAAAGAAUAAGCCAAUUGACUUGCAAUCUUGGAUUAACCUAUAUCACGUUUUGUACCCUCAGGAGAAGGUUCAGAAGGCCAAGAACGUGGUCAAGCAGCGGUACAUGGCCGCUUCCAAGCUUGUACUGAAGGAGUCGGUAAAGGGCUUGAUCAUGUCCAUCCCACCGAAGUUGGACAGCUCUUUGAAUGUCUCGUCUUUCGAAAACAAUACAAUCAACUCCACCAGCCUUUUGAGAACGCUACUUGGGAAAGAUCUUGAGUCUGAGUCUGACGGGUCUGAGGAGUCUGACAGCUGCUCCGGUUCAGAGGAUGAUCUGGACUCAGACUCAGAAUCAGAUUGCGAGGAGGACAAGUACUCGUGGGACUACGAUUACGAGAGUUGGUCCAAGUACAACAGAACUGGUGAGGUGCCUAAGGAGCCAGAGGCACCCAAGCAGCCAGAGGUACCCAAAGAAGCCGAAGUGAAGAAACCAAGGUUCAAUUUCACUAACUACACAGUUUCCAGGCCUGCUGGUAGGCCUACAAGACCUCCAGCGGUGAUAUACCCUGAGUUCGUGAAUCACACCAACUCAAGCAUAGGAGCACUCGAGGAGGCAAAUGCCGCUCAAACUACUUCGUUAUCCUUAUGGGGCUGCUUGCUUCCUAUUGUCAUCCAUCAAUUAAUAUAA